GAGCGCCAGGGCGCGGGUGGGGAAGGCGCAGCAGCUGCAGGACCAGCCAUCGCGUGGGCCGCUCGGUGUACUGGGGCUUUUCAGCUAAUCAAUCCGCGAUGCCCAGGGGGAAGCGUUGGGAAGAACUGGGACCUGCCUUGUCGCACUAGCGGAGUUGCUAAGAAAGGCAAAUUUAUUCAACUGUUUCAGUGUGGUCCUGAGUUUUCUCCCCUUCCUUCGCUGGCUGUUUUCCUCCGCGGCGGUUGGAAGGGAGCCGUUUAUUUCUUUUGCCAGGAUAACUCGAGCAUGACCUGUCUAUGAUUGGAAAAUGUCUACGUUUAAGCAAACCUUCUGUGGCCAUACAGGGCACGCACCCUAGUUUUUUUUGCCUCUCUGGAGUCUUAACUGGGAGUCAAACAGAGUGGGACUGGAAACCUUAACAUUGGCUGCUCUAGAAAGAGAAAAUAAAACCAAAUGCAUCCCCCCUCCCUCAUCGGAAUUUCCUGACGCAUUUUUUACACAACAGGAGAGAGAAGAUGGGGGGAUCAUUAUCUAUUUCAUAAUUAUCCUUUACAUGUUUAUGGCUGUAUCCAUUGUGUGUGAUGAUUACUUCCUUCCUUCUCUAGAGAUCAUUAGUGAAUCCCUUGGCCUCUCUCAGGAUGUUGCUGGAGCAACUUUUAUGGCAGCUGGUAGCUCUGCUCCUGAAUUGGUCACUGCUUUUCUAGGGGUAUUCGUGACAAAGGGAGACAUUGGAGUUAGCACCAUCCUUGGAUCUGCAAUCUAUAACCUUCUUGGUAUCUGUGCAGCUUGUGGGUUGUUAUCUAGCGUGGUUUCGAGGCUGUCUUGUUGGCCACUGUUUCGAGAUUGUUUUGCAUAUGCAAUUAGUGCAGCAGCAGUCCUUGCAAUGAUAUUUGACAGCAGAAUUUACUGGUAUGAAGGUGCUUCCCUGCUGCUGAUUUAUGGGUUAUAUAUUCUGGUGCUGUGUUUUGAUAUUAAAAUCAAUCAAUAUAUUAUGAAGAAGUUUAGUCCCUGCUGUACUUGUUUUGCAAAAGCUAUGGAAGAAAACACUGAACAGCAGCCAUUAAUUGGCUGGAAAGAAGAAUGUGAACCACUAAUUUGUCGACAAUCAAGAACCGAUAGUGGAAUUUUUCAUGAUGAAUCAGACUACUCACAGCUUUCUAUAAGUUUACAUGGGCUUGAUGAAAUUUCUGAAGAUCCUCCAAGUGUCUUCACCAUCCCUGAAGCAGAUUUUAAAAGAAUUCUCUGGGUGUUAUCUCUUCCUAUUAUUACACUACUCUAUUUGACCACACCAGACUGCAGAAGACACUUUUGGAAAAACUGGUUCAUGGUGACAUUUUUCAUGUCAGCUGUGUGGAUUUCUGCAUUUACAUAUGUUCUUGUAUGGAUGGUAACAAUAGUGGGCGAUACGCUGGCAGUUCCAGAGACAGUAAUGGGUCUUACAUUACUAGCAGCAGGGACAAGCAUACCAGACACAGUUGCAAGCGUACUGGUGGCUAGGAAAGGAAAAGGAGAUAUGGCUAUGUCUAACAUUGUAGGAUCCAAUGUAUUCGAUAUGCUGUGUUUGGGAUUACCUUGGUUUAUAAAAACUGCCUUCAUAGAUAUAUCAGCACCCGUGGAAGUGAAUAGCAGUGGUUUGACUUACACAGCUGUUUCUCUUAUUUGUUCCAUUAUUUUUAUUUUUCUGGCAGUUCACCUGAAUGGCUGGAAGUUAGAUAAAAAACUAGGAGCAAUCUGUCUAGUAAUGUACUUAGCAUUUGUUAUAGUGUCAAUUUUAUAUGAACUUGGGAUCAUAGGGAACAAUCCUGUAAAGGUCUGUGGUGGCUAG